AUGCACCCAGCAACCAAUGCCUCCUCGCCAGACUCGCAUUCAUCCUCUGUAUCUACGCCCGGAACAGGAGAGCCAAUUAGUGACAUGGAGACCCCCUCAACUCCAUGGAACGAACCAUUUCCGGAUGAUCUCACAGAUGGGAUCCUGGACCUUACGCUCAGCUCGAAAUCUCCCCCGUCGACUACGAAACGCCGGAGACGGGCCUCUACUGUCUUGAUAUCGCAAAGCUCUGAAGAUGUCGAGAAAAUACUAGGAAGCGGCCAAGGCGGUACACAUGUCCUCGAGAAAAUCUGCUGUGGUGGAGGAUGCUGUAAACUUCAGCCUCUGCAAAAACCUGCAUCGUCGUCCUCGAUCCACCUUGUCAUCAAACCAAAGAAUCAGGCCUUCGAAAGCCUGAAAUUGCACCUAGGGCCAAGUUGGCCGAUAGGGAAGAAGGGCCUGCGGAUCAUCCACCUCAAUUCGUCCAACCACACCCCCCAUGUUACAGACUACCCCCUUGAGGGUGGUGAUGUCGACUUCGUGGUUGGGGGUGCGAUUGGCAUCUGUCCCCAAAAUUCAGACGAGGUGGUAGACGAGGUUUUCAACCUACUUAGCAUUCCGAAAAUGGUCCGAGAUAAGAGGGUAAUGGUCAACACCACCACCGGUCGAUGGCCUACUGUCUGGGGAGAUGAGAAGCCACGAAGCCUGUUAACUACUAGGCGCGAAUUGCUUUCGUGGUGCUCUGACCUACAGAGCUAUCCACCGACAAAACAAAUGUUCCGACUUCUGGCAGACCCAACCCCUCUUGAUUACCUGCUCUCUAUCCUCAAUACUCUGAUGCCACGAUUUUAUUCCCUUUCUCAGGAUCCUCUAGCUUCAUGCACCCUCCGUGACGGCAAAUGCAGGAGGCUGAUAGAGAUCGCUGUCACUAUCCACGAAUCCCCUGAUUGGCAUGGAGGAAGAAGAACUGGUGUGGGCUCCGGGUUCUUGGAACGCAAAGCAAAGCAACUUCUUCGCGCUGAGGAAUUAGGCGAUGACAUUUCGUCUUUAAACCUGCACAUCCCGAUGUUCCGUGGUUUGAUGGCCAACCCUCUCGCACGCGAAUUUGUUUCGGAUGGGCCCAUGCUACUCAUUGGUGCAGGGGUUGGAGUUGCCCCAUUCCGUGGAUUCGUGCAGCGGCGUUUGAGGUCUGCUAACUGCGCCAACAAAGUGUGGGUCCUCCAGGGAAUCCGUGACUCAUUGCUCGACGAGCUUUAUUCUGGUGAAUGGGGCGUCCAUGAGGACACCGUGAAGAGGGUCGUCCAGAGUCGGCGUGGCGAGGGCAAGUAUGUGCAAGAAGAGGUGCGCAACCAAGCUGACCUCGUAUGGUUCGUUAUCAACUCUCUUGAUGGGCGUGUUUUCGUCUGCGGGAGCAGCAAGGGCAUGGGCGAAGGUGUCGAGGCUGCAUUGGUAGAUGUUGCCGUGGCCAAGGGGAAUCUCAAUCGUGAAGAAGCGAAGCUCUUCUGGCAAGGGAAGAAGGAUGCUGGCCAAUAUAUCGCGAUUUCACAAUUCGAGAAAUGUGAAUGCUGA